ACGAAGUGAAAUGUGGUAGGGACGAGACGUCGUGAAGCAUUCCCCGCGAGAGGCCGCCUCUGGGAAAGAGAGCGAAACCCAGGCGCUCCAUUAUCCGGCGAUAAGCUCCACAGUGAGCCCAAGACCUCUCCGCGGCUAAUCAGUGAAACGUCAAAUCGCGACUGUCUUUCGCCGCGACUACGCGCGUGCUGCGUUUUAGGGGACGUCUACAAGAUGUCUAAGAAAGAAGAGCUCCACUACCUGACGGGUUUCGGAAGUGAGUUCGCGUCCGAGGAUCCAAGGUGCCCCGGAUCUCUUCCAGAAGGCCAGAACAACCCACAAGUGUGUCCUUACGGCCUCUACGCUGAGCAGCUGUCGGGAACGGCCUUCACGGCUCCCAGGGAAACCAACAAGAGAAGUUGGCUGUACCGUAUCAGGCCAUCCGUGCAGCACGCGCCGUUCACCAAGUACAAUGGGAACAAGAACCUCACCUCUGACUGGAACUCCAACCAUCCGAACCCUAACCAGCUGCGAUGGAAGCCCUUCAGCAUUCCGGAGCAAGGAAAGACGGCCGUUGACUUUGUUGACGGUCUAAACACCGUGUGUGGAGCAGGUGACGCCAGGACACGCCAUGGAGUCGCCAUUCAUGUGUACUGCUGUAACGUUUCCAUGAAGGACAAGGCCAUGUACAACUCGGAUGGAGAUUUCCUAAUAGUUCCUCAGCAGGGCAGCCUGAACGUCGUCACCGAGUUCGGCAGGAUGCACGUGGACCCCAACGAGAUCUGCGUCAUUCAGCAAGGAAUGCGUUUCCAAGUGUAUGUGUCCGGUCCCAGCCGCGGUUACAUCCUCGAGGUCUUUGACAACCAUUUCGUGCUGCCAAACCUUGGUCCCAUCGGUGCCAACGGGCUGGCGAACCCUCGCGACUUCAAGACCCCAACGGCUUGGUAUGAGGACCGCGACGUCAACGGCUUUGUGGUCAUCAGCAAGUACCAAGGGUGCCUCUUCCAGGCUUCUCAGAACCACUCGCCUUUUGACGCGGUCGCGUGGCACGGCAACUACGUUCCCUACAAGUACGACCUGUCCAAGUUCAAUACCGUCAACACCGUCUCCUACGACCACUGCGACCCGUCGAUCUUCACGGUGCUCACUUGCCCUUCGACCAAGCCGGGUACGGCCAUCGCCGACUUCGUCAUCUUCCCACCGCGUUGGUCAGUAGCCGAGAACACCUUCAGGCCACCAUACUACCACCGAAACUGCAUGAGCGAGUUCAUGGGUCUUAUCACAGGAAAGUAUGAAGCCAAGGAAACGGGCUUCCAGAGCGGCGGCGCUAGCCUGCACAGCAUGAUGACCCCUCACGGCCCAGACGUGGACUGCUUCGAGCAAGCAUCCAAGGCCAAGCUGGCGCCGCAGCGCAUCGGAGACGGAUGCAUGGCGUUCAUGUUCGAAAGCUCUCUGAGCAUGGCGGUGACUCCGUGGGCCGAGCACGAGUCGCACGCGCUCGACAAGGAGUACUACACCUGCUGGCAGGGACUGCGCAAGAACUUCGAUCCCAGUUGGAAGCCAUAGAACGAGUCCAGCACUGUCGGCGUGCUCAGCAUGCGCCAUGCCAUCUCGCAGGCGCCGUACGCUCAACAAUAAAAUCUCACGCUUGUUUUGG